AUGACUACGGCUGUAAGAAUCUCGUAUAGUUUUUUACCCGUCCAUGAAUUUGUAAUUUUUAUAUAUCUGUCACCAAUACAUAGAAACCGCUCUUAUGAUAUCCAAAUCAGCCCUAAUAGAAUCUUUGCAAAUAAGGAAGUCAACUUAGAUGAAAUUAAAGUCUAUGGAUUCGAUUAUGAUUACACUAUUGCUUCUUACAAGAAAAAACUGCAAUAUUUAAUAUUUGAUAUGGCAUUAGAUUAUUUAAUCGAAGAUAAUAAGUACCCUAAAGAAAUGAAAUCAUUUGCAUACGAUCCCGGCUUUGGAGUUAGAGGCCUCCAUUAUGAUAUUGAAAAGGGCUUAUUAAUGAAAAUCGAUUCUCAGCAUCAUGUUGAGCUCGGAACCGUUUAUAGAGGCUAUACUCCUCUAGAUGAUUCUGAGGUUCUCGCAACAUAUGGAGGCACUCACCUAUCCGUCCAGUACUUGUCUUCAAUUUAUGAUAAUGGUAAGUAUAUGCGCCAAUUAAUAGACGUAGAUUCUUUAUCUGAAAUGGCACUUCUAACUCAAAUUGCUGAGUAUUUCAAGCAAAAAUCUAUGUCUUAUGAUCCAAAGUACAUUUUUAUGGACGUUAAGGCAGCAAUUAAGAAGGUUCAUUUGUCUGGUAAAAUGCAUGCUACUGUCAAAAAUGCAAUAGGCGAUUAUUUGGAACCGGACCCAGAUUUAAAGGAACUACUUGAAUAUCUCACUAGCGCUAAGAAAAAAAUAUUCAUCAUUACAAAUAGUCAAUUUGAUUUUUUGAACGCAGGCAUGACACAUUUAAUUGGUCCAGACUGGAGAUCUAUGUUUGAUAUCAUUAUAACAAGUGCACGCAAACCUAGCUUCUAUACUGAUGCCUUCCAUCAUUUUAGACACUUAAUGACAUCUGAUUAUACUACCUCAUGGGACAGAGUAAAAUGUUUUAAAAAAGGAGAAGUAUACCAACGGGGUUCAGCUCGAGAAUUUUUAAAUUUAGCCGGUUUUAAGGGAUCAGAAGUGCUAUACUUCGGUGAUCAAGUUUAUAGAGACUUAGCGGAUCUAGCUCUAAAACUUGGAUGGAAAACUGGAGCAGUAAUUCCAGAGUUAGAAAGAGAAAUUGAAAUAAUAAGCUCGGACCAUUAUCAACGCGCAUUAAAUUGGCUCAUUUCAUUAGAAAAACUCAUUGAUCGCGCUCAAAGCAUCAGAUCCCCAGAAGCCUUGCAGCUGCUACAUGAAUGGAAAGAAGAAUAUCAAGAAGUUAGAAAAUUACUCAAGAUGUCAUUUAAUCCACGAUUCGGAAGUAUGUUUCGGACCUCAUCGAAAGCAACGUACUUUAGCGGUAGAAUAGCACGCUAUGCAGAUUUAUAUACUUCUUCUAUAACUAACUUUUUAACAUAUCAGCUGCAUCACACAUUUUAUCAAAAACGAUCAGCUUUGCCCCAUGAAUUUAUAUAA